AUGGCGAUGUGUAAAUGGCUGUAUCGCCGAAAACGAUCAGUGUUUUUGCUCUUAAUUGCAUCUUCAGCAUGGAUUGCAUACAUUACCUUUGCUACUGAAUCUGAAUCAGAAGAAAGAAAGAAUGGAAGCAAAGAAACAGACAAUUCAAUUAGUCAUAAAUAUUUUAAUCAAGAUUAUAUUCUAGAACCUCCUGGAGCACAAACACAAGAUGACAACUCCAACGAUAAAGAAGACAAAGAAUCACCUAAGAAAACCAAAGAUGAUGAUACACAUUUAGAGAAAAUUAUUCAAAUGGGAGAAAAAAUUAAAAAUAAGACUGUGGAGAUGGGAAAAUCAUUUAAGAAUAAAACAUUAGCUGUGGGAAAACAUGUAAAGAACAAGACAUUGGAGCAUUUAGCUGUAUUAGGAAUGCUUCGACCAAAGAAUAAAAUAAAAUAUUUAUAUUAUCCAUCUCAGUUCAAUUUAAGUGUUGACUUAGAAGACAUUGGGAAUAUUAUGAAGGAUACUGAAUUUCUCAAUAAGCUACAUCCUCUAGAUUUGAGUAGUCCUGCUCUAGCCAGUACUCAAAAUAGAACAGCUAACUAUACAUAUAAUAUGAAAUAUCAUGUGGGAUUUUGUGAUUGUUGGGACAGAAAUUGUCUGUGUUGUGCGAGAAUUAUCAAUAAGAGACUCCAUCUUAACACAACAAUGUGCAGUAAUUUUACUUUCAUUUCUAAAACACAUGAAUUAGAAACUGAUGUUUUAUUAGAUGGUAAAAUUAUUCAUAAAAGAACAAUAUCAGCUGACGAACCCCCAUUGCUGUGUUUAGGAUCCAUUUCAAAAGUGGUGGAUAUUUGUGUUCAUUUUUUUAAUGUAACUUUUAAAGUGAAUGCAGAAACUGAUCAUAAGACUCAACUACUUGGCUGUACAGACUUCUCUCUCAAUCUUUAUAAUAAAACAAUAGGUGCUCAUCCUGUGGACUGUUUCCAAAUUCCUGGAGAUCCAAAUAAGAAACACAAAGAUAGACCAUUUAAUUUAUUUGGUAAUUGGAUGCCAUGAUCUCCAAAGAAUGAAAUUAUUCUUAUGAUAUUUAAGUGAAAAUUUUCUUAUCUAAAUGAUUAAUAUGGAGAAUUUUUGUCUACAUGUAAAUCUUAUUUCUUUUAUGGGAUAUUUAUGGAAUAUAGUGUAAUGUUUUGUCUGAAAAGGCAAGUUUGGUCAAACUUUAAAUUUACUGUAAGAUAUGUUAAUUUAUGCAGUGAGUAUAUAUUGUGGGUGAACUAUGCAUUUUUAUCAGUGGUUUAAAGUGUUCUUUAAUAAUAUUCCAUUGUCUCUUUUGCAACAUCAAUGGGCAUUCUGAUUUAUUUUAAAUAAAACUGACACAGUUAUAUGGGACAACAAUCACUGGUUUAUUAUACACAAGCACAACGUUUCGAUAACUAUUCUCUUAUCGUUAUCAAGCACAAGUUUUGUUAUGUUUCCAAUUGCUAAAUGCCACUAAAGGAUUAUAACAACAUGAAAGAUUUUAAUAUUUUGUUUUUGAUACUUCUGUGGGAGUCAAAAAUUUUAACUGCAAGUUCUCUCACUAGAAGUAUGUCAGGUUUGCCUGGUAUAGGUCCAAAGGUUUAUCUUUGGGCUGCCAUAUGUAGGCUAACUGUCUGACAACUGAAAUUAAGAAUUAUAACUUUUUUCCCAAAUUUAAAUAAAGUCUAAAACAAUGAUUAUAACAUUAUAUUAAGAUUGAUGAGAUUGUAUAUGGUUAAUGAUGGUGUAAAAAUGAAUAUUUAUAUCUACGUAUAAAAAAGUUAGAAGCACAGCUAACAAAUAGUAUUUUACCACAAGGCAAACCCUGUGCUAUAUGUUAUACUGUCUGUCCACUUCAUUAGGUCAGUAUCAAGAAACUUUGCUUUUAUUCUAGUAAAAAAAAGUAGGAUAUUAAACCCUGACACAAACCCAUCAAAACCUGUAAUACAGAAUAUUCAGAGAAAUCUUUAGACAGGCUUUAUUAUCAGGACAUUGUUUGCUAAAACAUGUCUUGAGAUGAUAAUAGAGUGUUCAUCUGAUUAAAUGAAAUGAAAAUACAUGUAACAUCAAAUUACUCCCCUUGAGCUGUUGACCACUUGAAGAACACCUGACAAUAUGCCUGUCAAACAUAAAAAUGUUUUACAUGUUGUAAUGGUAAUUUAUUGGUAAUGCAUAGGUCUUCAGAAAAAAAGACUCUUGCUUGGUCCUUUUUAUAUUAAAAAAAUGGCAUGCCAUAUCUUCUAAAGUGUAUUGUAACAUGGACGGGAAAUCUUCCUUUGUUCUUUUCGUUGAAUAAGCAGAUUGUUUUCCCUCUAGUAGAUUGGGUGGAGCUUAACCAUGCAAUAACUAGACAUGGUCAAUGUUAUUGCACUCUUUUGCAUGUGCAAUAACAACAAGCAUGUUGAACAGGUGUAAAUGUUACAAGUCAUUUAUAGCAUGCCUCAUUCGUUAACAGGUUUAACAUCUCAGCCUACGGCCUCGAUGUUUAAACCUGUUAACUCAUGAAAGCCAUGCUAUAAAUAUAACUUGACAGUAUUAUUUUACCACUUUUGUCAGCUGCAAAGACACGAGUACUAUGUACAUGCAUAGUCCAUGGUUUUUUUUUGGUUUUUUUUUUAUAAGCAAUAUUUUUAUUCAGAUUUCUAUCUGAAUAGGGAUUGGCGAACAGGCAUAGCCUAUAUUAAACCCUUCUCCCUAGUCCAUGUUACAAGUAAUUUAUACUACACAACAUUUGUUAACAGGGUUAACACCUCGCACAUUACAGAUUAUAGUCGGAUACAGUUUCAAAUUUAAAGAUCUAGUCUAUUUCUGUCAGAUCCAUGUUGCAUGAAAAUUUUAUCUUAGAACUUUUACUUGUAUUAUGUACAUUUUGUUUAUAUUUAUGAGAUUUAAUAUGGUUUAAAGAGAUUAAUUCUGUUGUUUCUGUUUUAAAUAUUGUAUGAAACAAGAAAUUAUUGCAACUAGAACUAAGUCACUAUAAAUAUGUGUCUUGAAGUUAAUGCAAUCCGCCACAUUAUUGCCCUACAUAUUUCUCUUCUAAAAUGACUACCUUUGGCUUCUUGCAUAUGAUGUGCUCUGCCCAAAGACAAAGUGCGUGCCCUGGAGGUCAAGUUAGCUCGCCUAAAGUUAGCAAAAAAAAAACUGAUAACAAUCAUAAUAUGAAAUGAACUUUUUGUCAACUUGAGUAACUGCUUUUCAGCAAGAUAAUGAUCGACAAACAACUAUAUAGGUAAUACAAUCCAUGUUCUACCGGGCACGCAGUGUUAUUUUAUGGCAUAUUUUGUUGACAUUCAUUGUAUGGUGAGAUUGUGGAUGGCACCCUAGAUUUGCAUUAAUUUCUUGUUCUACAGCUGUUAAUAUGACUUUGGACUUCCAUCUGUAUAGGUUGUUAUUAUUUUAAAGAUGCAUUAUGUAAGAUUUAGAUAAAAGAGCUGGCUGUUCUUGCUAUAAAAGUUAAAAUUAGAUAAUAAAAAAAAAUGAAUAUAUUAAAAAUUACAUGAUCCUGUGUAUUUUAUGAAUGUUUGAAGUUUUGACAAAAAAUAGUGUAAAUAGUCUCCAUUGUCAAGUACCAUUGCUACAAUGAUAAACUAAGUCUAAAUUUUACCUUUUAACAUUGACAUGGUCUAAUCCACUAAAUAUGUUAGCCAUCUUAUGACCUAGAGAGGUUACUAUAUGCUUGUCAUGUUAAUGAAUGUUUAAAUAAUAAUUUAUAACAUUCAGAAAAAAAGGACUUGCAAUAGACAGAUUUAGCUGUUACGUAAUCGAUAAUGAUAUAUAGAAAUAUUUAUACAAGAUUUAUAAGAAGUUAAUGUAAAAUAGUCUAUGUAUUUUGCUUUCCUUGUCAAAAGAGACUUGAUAAUACCAUUUCAAGACUGUGGACCAAUCAAAUUCCAGAAUUAUGUUGUUAGGAUCAUCAAGUCUCUUUACACCAACACCACACCAAUAAAGUUUUGGGCAUUAAGUAAGGGAAUUGAAACUAUUUCCUGUAAUUUUCAGGUAAUCAUUCCAGACAAGUCAGUUGUCCCAGUGCUUAUUAAUUAAAAGUAGGCGUAUCUGUUAUAGUCUAUUGAAACGUUACUAAUUAUAGAUGUUAUUAUCAUCACCUGGUUAGUUUAACACAAUAUAGAUAUUGACAAAAGAUAAUGAUCAAUAUUCAGGGACGUAAGACUUAUUUUCAUAUUGAUUAGGAUCAGAGUGAACUACAAAACUUCAAUUUGGCUGCUGGAUAACGGCAAAGCUAUGGUAUUAUAGAUAUUCACAUUGGUCUUUUUAACAAAUAAUUUGAAUUUAAAGUAGACAGUCUGUCUUUAUUAUAUCAGUUUAUACUGGAAUAUCUAGCUUAUUUUUUUUAAUUUUGUUUCUAUGGUAUUUGCUUUAGCACAAUACUUGUUUCUAUUUUGUCCCCAAAACAAGCAUUUAUUAGCAUCUGUCGUAGACUGCUUAAAGGUUCCAAGAUGCACUUGGAAGACUUUUAACAUUGACAAGAGAUAUCCAAAGAGGCUACAAGGUGGACAUUUCAUUUUAACACUCAAUAACACAUUCUACAGUAGAUAUUGCUUGUAUGAUAAAUUUACAUGAAUUUGAUUGGUCAAUUUAAAAGGAACUACUUUUUUUAUUUUCAAAGAACAAUUCAUUUUUUAUUAAAAGUAACUAUUUUUAUUUAAUUGACUUUGAGGGAAACACCGGGUCAAUAUAAAGGACCUGAAAAUGGUUGAAUUGUCAAAAAAUGAUGUAUCACUAUGUAAUGAGGUUCAGUAAAAGUGAAAUCUAUAGCAAAGAAUUAUAUUUAUUUAUUUGUGCAUGUAAGAAAGGAUUGGGUGAUAAAUAAAAUCUCCUACUCGUCUUGAUAUAAAAAAAAUAUCAACACUCCUCGAUAAAGUAAAAAAAAAAUCGGCAAAGCCUCAUUAUUUUUUACUUUAUCGACUUGUUAAUAUUUUUUGAUAUCAAAAAAGACUCAUAGGAGAUUUUCUAUAUAUUUCCAAAGCUAAAAAACAGAAAAGUGUUUGCAAUGGAUUAAAACUUGCAAAUAUGCAGAUCUGGCCAAAUUCUGAACUGAAAGCCCCAGAAGCCACAAUAAAUAUGCUUUUAGAUUUAGAAUGCAGCUGUUGCAACAUUUAUAAUAUUACUCUGUGAUCAAUAGUCUAUACAUAUAGGUGUAUUGGAUAAAGCUGCUAUUUGUCAUUUGCAUCUGUUGGACAAUAUCUUAAUUGUUCAAGUCUUAGUCCACUCUAAAAUAUACCUCAAAUUGAUUAUUUAACAUUUAACUAAGAAAAAACAAAACCCAAAUAUCAAUGGCUUGGAUUCAAAUAUAUCAGGGGAACUGGUUUGUUUAUAAGGUCUGCAUAGAAUACUGAAUGUUGCAAGUUUUAUAAUUCAUCAUAUAAAACCUUUCUAAAUACUGAAGGAUUGAACCAAUUUUGGACAGAUACUCCUUUUAAAGGUUCAACCAUCACAAUAUUGUAGUUUGUAAGAGAUCAUCAAAUUGUGAGAGAUUUCUACGUCAUUUCCAAAAACAAAUUUGGUUUAGUUUAAAUUCUGUAU